GCGGCACUGCCGUCCGCGGCUUACCUGGGAAUCAGCAUCAACGGGGGUGCCGGACUGCCACAACAGAGCGACAGUACCACCACGUCGACUGGCGUCUCCACAGACGCCUACUCCCUCACCACGAGCAGCAACUUCUUUUCGGCGGCCGAGAGCUCCGUGGAGAGUCUCCGAAUAUCGGGCGGGAACUGUCCGGUCGACUCGUCGAAUUCACACAGUAGCGUGCCGCGCGUCUGUCCGAACCGCCUUUUCGUCAACGAUGACGAGGCCUCUCCGGCGUCCUCCCACUUCUCCACACUCUCCUCGCACCUCUCCUCCUCGGACGGUGGAGUGGGCAGUGUGGACGUUGACGACAUCUCGCCACCGCUCUCCCUUCUCGGCGCCUCCGCCGACAAUCGACCCGCGUCGAGUGCCGCCGCGGCGAAGGCUCGAGAGGGGACGCUUGUGGCACCGGUCAAUUCCCAUCAGCCGGAUCCCUUCGCACUCUACGCCUCGUAUGCUGAGAAGGAAGGCGAUCCGGCCACGUGCGAUCAGAUCCGCAAGGACAUCCACCGGCAGUUCCCUUUCCACGAACUGUUUUGCUCAAAAAAUAGCGGAGGGUGA